AGCCAAAUGGAAAACCAAAUACCAAAGACCAAACCCAACUGUCUCUCCUCUACCUGAUCAUUUUCUCCAAAACCCUAUUUCAGUCUCUACUUCCUUUUCCCUUUUCUGGGCAUUUUUUCCUUAAUUUUCUCCAUAUCCGGUCUUUUUUUUCUUUUCUUUUUUAUUUUCUUCUUCUUCUCUCGCUGAUAAGUCUAAAACCCAAUCGGGGUUCCCGGAGUCACAAAUCCUCUCGUCUAAAGCCACAAUUUUUUUUUCCUUAGAGAGAGCAGCUGAAUAAAAACGAGAGAAAACACGAAAGGCUGUUUAAUUUGGUGAUUUAUUUCUCCUUGUGUAUAUUCUAUAUUAUGUGUGGGAUUUUUCCUUUUUCGCUUUUUUUUUUUUUCCCUUUUUUUGGGUGGUGUGAUUCUAUGGCUGCUGUGGCUGAGGUUUCCGGUGAGGUGGCGGCUGCCAAGAACUUGGAUUCCAAACCCAAUUCGGAAUCCGAAAUAAAUGUGCAGAAGCUCGUUGAAAUGUUCAAAAAGUUGAAUCCUUUGGCGAAGGAAUUCUUUCCCUCUUCUUACUCUCAUAAUCAGAACAAUAAUUAUUAUCAGAACAAUGGUCAAUUGUCGCCCAAUUAUUUUCCGGCCGCCGAUAAGUUGCCAGGAAACGAUAAUUCUCCGAACAAUCGAAGGAGAAGAAACAACUACAACCAGGGGAGGAGAAGGUUGAACGGAAGAUCUUUUAAAGCUCAACGAGAGGAUAGUAUUAGACGAACAGUUUAUGUUUCUGAUAUCGACCAGCAUGUCACUGAAGAGCGGCUUGCUGCCUUAUUUAGUAGUUGUGGCCAAGUUAAUGAUUGCCGAAUUUGCGGUGAUCCACACUCAGUUCUUCGUUUUGCAUUUGUGGAAUUUGCUGAUGAGCAUGGUGCACGAGCAGCUCUAAAUCUUGGUGGGACAAUGCUUGGGUACUACCCAGUUAGGGUCUUACCUUCAAAAACUGCCAUCCUUCCUGUGAAUCCUACAUUCCUUCCUAGGUCAGAGGAUGAACGGGAAAUGUGUGCCAGGACGAUCUAUUGUACAAAUAUUGAUAAGAAGGUUUCUCAAACUGAAGUGAAGAACUUCUUUGAAUCAGCUUGUGGUGGUGAGGUUACUCGCUUGAGGCUUUUGGGGGAUCAUGUUCAUUCAACUCGUAUAGCUUUUGUUGAAUUUGAACUUGUAAGUUUUUGUUUACAGCCUUGAAGGUAUUGAUGCUUUCUAACUAAACUUUCAUUUAGAACUUAGUCUAAUGCUUUGAAAUCUUCCUGUUUUUGCUGUAAUGUUGUUUGAUUUUUCAAUAGUAGACCACUGAGUCUCUGAAUAGAGCUUGCCCUAGAAGCUCUUUCCUCUUAUCUUUUCGAAUCUAAAAAACUCCCUUUCCUCAAGUAGGGGUGAGGUACCGCCCGGCUGUAAAGUUCAAUGGAUUGAAAAUAUUUAGAGAAUGUGACAUAGGCCAUUUUAUCUUCAGCAUUUGCACUAUUCCGAUGGGCAGCGCGAGUUCUUGUAUUUUUGAGUAACUGGUUGGUUCUUCAGAAGUAGCUGCAUACAGGGCAUAGCAUCAUGCUGAUUUUAUCAACAGUAUCUUCUCUGACUCGCCCCCACCUGGUGCCCCCGGUUAAAGACUUCUUGACUAAUCUGUUUUUUUAGAGUUCUUGGGUGUAGAUAAAUAUCGACAUCCUUUUCUCUGGUUAGAGUUGGUUGUAAAUAGUUGUCUUAUAGGUAUGAGAAUGGACCAUCUUUCAUGCAAGAAACAUGAUGAUGCACAUUGUUUUGUUGAUGCGAGUAACUCACACAAAAUUCCUUUAUGAGGAGCGGUACCCUUUUCUUCUUAAGAGUAUUCCGGCUUAAACACAUCCACAAUUUUUAAUUUACCACUGGGAAUGUUUGCAUGGUCAUCUUAGUAAGAAAUGCUUACACUUCUAACAGGAAGAUAAUUUCAUGACCACAUUAUAGUUUCUCUUUUUAGAUAUGAGGUGUCUGGAUUAUAGUUCCGCAUUGUCUCAGACACAAGCACACACCUGUAUUUAAUGACUGUAGUUUAUGCAUAUAUAUUUAUAUAUAUAUAUAUAAAUAUGUAUGUAUAUAUGAUCAAUGAGUCAUCUAAGGCCUCAUGCCAUAAUGCUCUCAAUUCCUCUUACUUUGCUUGCAGACAAGGGCUCAUGCAUAAUUCUGACGAGUUCUUUUGUUUCCAU